AAAGCGAAGACACUAUAAAAUCACAAACCCUAAACUCGUUCUCUUCCUCUGUCUCCUGCUGCUGCAAAUUCACUGCCGCAGGAGUAACCGUUAACCUAAUUAUACACACAUAACCUAACCUUUCAUAACUAUCUUUAUGCCUUCUCUAGCACUCUCCGGCAACAUGUCGCCUGAGAUUCUCAAGAAAGAGAAGAAGAAGAAGAUGAAAGACGCCAUGGAAACAGACUCUCCUAUCGAGAACAAGAGCGUGAAGAAGGAGAAGAAGAAGAAGAGCAAGAAGAGCGAUUCUGAUUCCGAGGAGUUUGUGUUCGAUGAUUCGGAGGAGAAGAGCAAGAAGAAGGAGAAGAAGGAGAAGAAGCGGAAGGUGAUUGAGGAUGAGGAGGAGGAUAGGAGUGAUGUGAGCUCGGGGGAGGAGAAGAGUAGGAAGAAGGUGAAGAAGAUGAAGGUGGAGGAGGAGGUGAAGGAGGAGAAUCCGAAUGCGGUGGCGAAUUUUAGGAUUUCGGAGCCGUUGAGGAAUAAGUUGAGGGAGAAUGGGAUUGAGGCGUUGUUUCCAAUUCAGGCGAUGACGUUUGAUACGAUUCUUGAUGGGACUGAUUUAGUUGGGAGAGCUCGGACUGGUCAGGGUAAAACCUUGGCGUUUGUGUUACCCAUAUUGGAGUCCUUAACAAACGGAGCCUUAAAAACAUCUCGAAAGACUGGUUAUGGGAGAUCUCCAAGUGUACUCGUGCUAUUACCCACAAGGGAGUUGUCAACACAGGUUGCUGCAGAUUUCGAAGUGUAUGGUGGGUCUUUGGGGCUAAAUUCAGUCUGUCUGUAUGGUGGAGCACCCUACAACAAUCAGCAAAUACAGCUGAAGAGAGGGGUUGAUAUAGUCGUGGGAACACCUGGUCGUAUAAAGGAUCACAUUGAAAGGGGAAAUGUUGAUUUUAGUUCAUUAAAGUUUCGUGUCCUUGACGAAGCUGAUGAAAUGCUGAGGAUGGGUUUUGUUGAAGAUGUUGAAUAUAUUCUAGGUAAAGUAGAAGACACAAAGAAAGUUCAAACACUACUAUUUAGCGCGACAUUGCCAAUUUGGGUGAAGCAGAUUGCUACAAGGUUUUUGAAGCCAGAUAAGAAAACUGCAGAUCUUGUUGGUAAUGAAAAAAUGAAGGCUAGUGCAAGUGUAAGACACAUUGUCAUUCCCUGCUCAAGUUCUGCCAGAGUACAGCUUAUUCCAGAUAUUAUUCGUUGUUAUAGCAGUGGGGGCCGGACAAUAAUUUUUACGGAAACUAAAGACGAUGCUUCCCAGCUAGCUGGCAUAUUACCCGGAGCACGUGCUUUGCAUGGGGACAUUCAACAGGCCACACGUGAGGUUACACUAAAGGGAUUCAGAUCAGGUAAAUUUAUGGCUUUGGUGGCCACCAAUGUGGCAGCACGGGGACUAGAUAUCAACGAUGUACAGUUGAUCAUUCAGUGUGAACCACCUCGUGAUGUAGAAGCAUAUAUUCACCGAUCUGGACGGACGGGUAGAGCAGGGAAAACGGGUGUUGCUGUUAUGCUUUAUGAUCCAAGGAGGUCAAACUUUUCCCGGAUAGAAAGAGAAUCCGGCGUGAAGUUCGAGCAUUUGGCUGCUCCUCAGCCUACUGAUAUUGCUACAGCUGCUGGUUUAGAAGCUGUAGAAGCAAUCAACGAAAUCUCUGAUAGUGUAAUUCCGGUCUUCAAGUCUGCUGCGGAGGAGUUGUUGAGUACAUCUGGUCUGUCACCAGUAGAACUUCUGGCAAAGGCACUUGCCAAAACCACCGGUUAUACUGAGAUCAAGAGCAGGUCACUUCUCACUUCCAUGGAGAACUUCACUACAGUACUUCUUGAGGCUGGAAGGCCCAUUUACACACCAUCUGUUGCUUUUAGUAUCUUGCGGCAGUUCUUACCAGAACAGAAAGUUGAUACCGUCAAGGGCCUUGCUCUUACAGCCGAUGGGAGAGGAGCUGUAUUUGACGUGUCUGCAGAAGAUUUGGACAUAUUUCUUGCUGGUCAAGAAAAUGCUGCUGGUGUGAGUUUAACUGUGGUGAAAGAACUGCCAGAGUUGCAAGAGAAGGAUCGGUCCCAAAGGGGGGGAAGAUUCGGAGGGGGACGUGGUGGUUUUGGUGGAGGCAGGUUCUCAGGAGGAAGAGGUGGUGGGUUUAAUGAUAGAAGAAAUGACAGAUUUUCUCGAGGGAGAGGUGGCGGUAGAAACAGCAGAUGGUGAAGUGUCUGUUGGAGGGGAGACUCUGCUAGAAACAGCAAAAUGUUUCUGUUGGAGGCAGUAGAUCUGCUAUGUUAUAAUUAGGUUAUCUGCCCAACUGCCCAAGGGGCAUAUAUCAGUUUUGUGAUAAUUAAGGUAUGUAUCAUUCAUUAACUCGUGUACGAGCAAAUAUAGGAGCUAGAGUGCUUCUAUUAAAGACAACUUGAUAAGUUUUUUUUGUUUAUUGUUUUCCAUAAAAUUGCUUUGUUGACUUCAUGAUACUUGUGUAAUCAGAUCUGUAACUGAAAUGACAAAUGACAUUUUUUUGCCCUAA